AUGGAGAUGAAUCCCGCUUCGAACGCUGCUCCUACGGUAGCACCUGCUGUUGCUUCUACGAGCGCUAACCCGGCUGUUCCUGAGCAGUUCAACAUUCCUGAGCGCUUUAAAGGCUGGACUGCUUUGGCGGUCAAGGGUUUUCGGGCGGAUUUCAAAUCACUCUUGAAGGUGAAGUCCAAGCUUCAGAAGAUGAAGACGCUUGAUGAGCAGGGUGUGUUUCUUCACAGUAUUCGCACCAAAGCAGUUGAGUUCCAGACGAAAUACCCUUCUGUUCGGGAGAAGUCUGCAGCUUCGGUUGCUGCUGUUCAUCUGGAGAAUCAAAAGCGUAUCCAGAAGGACUUCAUCGCUUCGAAGGAGAUGGAGGUCGAGGAGAUUUUGGCAGCUUCUAACCUACACGUGACGACUCUGGCGACAAAGCUUGAGGACUACCUGAAAAGUCUCUUGGAGAACCCUGACCUGGCGGUAUCUGAUGCUACCAGGGAGAAGUACAGGAAGAUCAAGGGCGCCUGCAUCGAGAAGGCGCAGUCCGACAUAGCCAUCGCCAGGGAUGAGAUCAUCAUCCAGGAGUUGGAACGGCAGAAAAAACGUGAAGCUGAAGAUUUGAAGAAAGCUGCCGCGGCUGAGGAGAUCGACAGAAUGGAGUUGGAUCCGACGAAGAUUGCGUUGGAGAAGAAGGUCUCUCCGUCGGCCACCGCCGCUGACUCUAAGCCCCAUAACAACAAGGCAAAGAAGAAGCGGGGGAAAAAGAAGAAAUCUGACGCUCCUACCGACGGCAAGGGGAAGGGCCAAACAGCACCGAAGCAGGCCUGGGUUCCAAAAAACGGAGGCGGCGGCCCCGCAAACGGGCCGCCAAAGAAGAAGUAA